AUGCCUGCAGUUCAACUAGAGGAGGACAGCUUUUCAGCAAUCUUGGCGAAAUACCCCUAUUGGAAAACCAUGAGAAUAACAGCAUGGGUGUUCAGGUUCGUGUAUAACCUCAAGAAAAAACAGCAACGUCGAUGGGGUCCACUCACGACUAACGAGCUACAAGCACAAGUUCUCUGGUGGCUGAAAAGAGAACAGCUGCGCUUUGAAAACUCGGAUCAGAUGAGAGAAGAAUCUCAACGCUUAAACCUUAAGAAAAAUGAGGAAGGAGUGCUGGAAUGUCGCGGAAGGAUGCAAGGAGAAUGCCCGAUCUACAUUCCACCAGAGUCCGAAUUAGCAAAGAAGUUGGUCAUGCACGAACAUUUACGCACUCUCCAUGGGGGAGUCAGUCUGACAAUGACUGCGGUGAGGGAAAAUUACUGGAUACCACGUCUUCGACAACUCACAAAAAAGGUCAGAAGCAGAUGCAACGGUUGCAAGAGGUUCCAAGCGAGUGCAUUCGCCAAACCACCCACUGGCAACCUCCCAAAGGACCGCACAGAAGGAUCACGACCAUUCCAAGUCAUAGGUGUGGAUUACGCAGGUCCGUUCAUCUAUAAGAAACGAGCAGGUAAAGAAGGAAAAGCGUACCUACUCCUCGUGGGAUGCAGCCUAACAAGAGCGGUUCAAUUGGAGAUGCUACCAGAUAUGUCAACAGAAGAAUUCAUGCAUAGCUUCAAGAAGUUAGUUGCUAGACGUGGCAAGCCAGAUAAGGUGUACUCAGAUAAUGCCAAGACCUUUGUGGCCGCAGCCAAACGUGUGCGAAAAAUCUCAAAAGAUGAACAAGUUCAUGACUAUCUUGCCAAGAACAAUAUUAAGUGGCAAUUCAACCUAAGCAAGGCCCCUUGGUGGGGUGGACAACCUCUAGCGUAUGUGGAAGACGACCACGAAUUGCCAAUUCUUACACCAAAUGCCAUGAUAACUGGCCAACCGUCCGUCUCAGUGAUUGAAAAUGAUGAAACAAGUGAAGAAGAGGAGUUCAGGAAAAGAGCAAAACAUAUUCAGCGAUGUAAGAAAGCCAUGUGGAAGAGGUGGACGGGGGAGUAUCUAAGAUGA